UUUUAAAUUAUGCUGGAUUCUUUUUCCUGUCCCUCCCCUCUGGCCGGAUGGAAGCCUCAGCAGCCUAAACUGAUCGCUUUUGAUUGCAUCUUUUCAAGGGUGGAAGUGAUCUGGAAGGAGGAGCUGGAAUAACCAUGGAGAAGCAGGACCCAAAAGCACCCAAGCAAAAAGAGGAACCCGAAGUGGGAAGAAAAGACCUUCCUGUUGAUCAAACUGGGGCUGUGAGAAAGCUGCUGACCCCGACAGCUCCACAGCAAAUUAAGCAAGAACCACAGGAAGGACUUCCACAUGGCCAGGAAGCCCAAUGGCAGGAGUUCCUGAAGACAGAGGAACUUCCUCACACAGGAUGGACACACCCACACAUUCCCAAGCCCACACCAGAGGAGAAUACUAAGGGAUUCCAGGCCUCCAUAAAAGAAGAAGCCAGUCAAUGUCCUAUAGGAAGCUGUGUGACUCAAACCCUGCCAAGCCACAGCCCAGGAGCCCAUGGAAGUGACGAAGGCCUGUAUUAUUCUGUGAAAGUGAAGGAAGAGAUUCUGGAUGAGGAAGACACAGUCAGCUUGGAGAUGCGAUGCCGUCGCUUCAGGCAGUUCUGCUACCAGGAGGCCGAGGGGCCUCAAGAGGCGUUGCACCAACUCCAGGAACUUUGCCACCAGUGGCUGAAACCAGAGACACACACCAAGGAGCAGAUCCUGGAGCUGGUGAUCCUGGAGCAGUUCUUUGUGAUCUUGCCACCGGAAAUGCAGAGCUGGGUUAGAGAUUGUGGCCCAGAAACCUCAGCUCAGGCUGUGGCGCUGGCGAAAGACUUCUUGCUGAGAGUGCAAGAUGUGGACAGAGGGCAACAACAGGCUCCAGGGGCAUUUCAAGAGAUGACUCUUCACUCUCCCAAGCUGGAACAGGAUCCAUCAGACAUCACGAAGAUGCCGUGCCACAUGGAGGUCACACAGGAAAGCGCUGAAGAGGCCAGCUUGCUGGGUAUUGCACAAGAUAAGUCAGAAGAGGAGCAUCUUCAGCUGCUAAACUGUGGGCAAGUGGAACUCAAUGAGACAUCACUGCAAAAAGUCAAAGAGAAUAACUUUUUCUAUGAUGAUGUGGAAGAAGUACUUUUAAAUCAGCAGCCAUCAGAAGCCUACCAGCAGAGUCCUCCCAGGAUGCCAGUGGAAAGGGCCUUGCUUCAUGGGGAAGGUGGCAAAUGUUUACUUGAAAGUACAGCGCAAGAGGGAAUUCUCAAGCGUAAGAAAAAGAUAAAGUGUGCUGACUGUGAACACUUUUGCCAGGGCGUUACCUUUCCAAACCAAACAGGAAACGAACUGUAUAUAUGCACGCAAUGUGGGAAAACCUUCAACGGUGGAACUUCCCUUCUUACACACAAGGAAGCCCUCCCUGAAGAGAAGCCUUAUCAAUGCGCUGAAUGUGGCAAAGGUUUUGGCUGGAAGUCCUCACUUGUUACACACAAGAGAACCCAUACGGGAGAGAAACCGUUCGGCUGCUCCGAGUGUGGGAAAAGCUUUGGUAUGAGCUCUCAGCUGAUAAGACAUAAAAGAAUACACACAGGCGAGAAGCCGUAUCAUUGCUCAGAUUGUGCAAAAAGCUUCAGUCAGAUAGCAUCUCUCAUUACGCACAAGAGGACCCACACAGGAGAGAAGCCAUAUGAAUGUUCUGAGUGUGGGAAAUGCUUUAGUACCAGAACCACCCUCAAAAUGCACAAAAGAGUCCAUACAGGCGAGAAACCGUACAAGUGCUCAUGCUGUGGGCAAGGCUUUAGUCAGAGAACACAUCUCGUCAUACAUGAGAGGACUCACACCGGAGAGAAACCGUACAAAUGCUCCACGUGUGGGAAAAGUUUCAUUUCUAGCUCUGACCUUCAGAAACAUCAAAGAGUCCACUCAGGAAAGAGGCUGUUAAAACAUACAGUGCUGUGCUGAAUACUCAUCUUGAGUUGGUAACUCAUAAGAGAUGUUAAUUCAUCUCCUUACAAAUCACAGAAUAUCACACACAGGCAAGAAAUCAGAUGCUUCUGAAAAUGAGAAAUCUCUUUGGACAUCACAAAACUGACACAGGGUUAAAAUUCUAAGGAUAAUCUGUGGAAGAACUAUGGAAAGAAAAGGCUGUGCUUAUUCAUGUGUUACCUAUUUAUAAUAAUAAAGGCUGCAUAGAUAAAUUGAUUAAAAGACUUGGGAGGUUAAAAUCAUGCCCCUACCCCUGCAUUAACUGGGCAGCUGGUUAUUUUUAAAAUAGUUAAAUAUUUUAAUACAAGAACUACAAAUACUGUGAGCGUUGUUAUAAGAGUGUAAGAACAGCCCUGCUGGAUCAGGCCCAAGGCCCAUCCAGUCCAGUAUCCUGUUCUACACAGUGGCAUACCAGAUGCCCAACAAUAUUGCUCCAAGAACUUUUUUGUUGAAAAGCAGUAGAUAAAUAUUUGUAAUAAUACCUAGCAUUUGUAUUGUGCUUUCUGAGUGUGCGAAGUGCUUCAUAUCUUACAAGAAGGUAAUGAGUGAGUAUGAUUAUUCCCAUAUUGCAGCUGAGAGGGUGAGUUUAUGAUGGAGGUGAGAUUCAAACCAGAAAAGACCUGACUUGCAGCUCACUCUCUUAGCCACUAUGCCAGGGCUCCACAAUGUUGGCCUUCCAGCUAUUUUCAGACUACAGCUCCCAAAGCUUCUGACUACUGACCACUGUGGCUGGGGAUGAUGGAAGUUGUAGUCCUGUAGUCCAACAACAGCUGUAAGGUCAAAGUUGUGCAGUGCUACACUAUACUAUAACAGCUCCCUUGUAGCAUAUGAUGUGCUUUUUAUGUUUGCAUGGUGGAUUCUCUGUCAUAAACUGGAGUUUUAUUUAAUAUGUAUGUUGACUGGUAUGUAUAUAUGUGUGAGAAAUCCAGGACCAAACAAGAGUAUUUAUCAACUUCAUAAAUGUGCUCCAUCAGGUUCUUUAGUUACAUUCUAAAAAGGUAUCACUGCUAUCACUUUUCUGUACUUUCCUAUGUAGAACCAAAUUACCCACUUACCAGCAGCCUGUAGAACAACAGAAUGUUUAAAUAUAGGGUGGUGAAAUAGAGUGCUUAAAUCCAGAGGCAAAUUUGUGCAAUUAUAUAAUCAGAUCAUUUGGAAUUUGAAAUAUAAAUAGUAGAAAGAAAAUAUGUAGUUCUAAAUCUGACUAGAAAGCACACUUCCUUUGUCUCAUGAAGGUUUAAAAGGAGAAAGCAUUGAAUGUCGAAGAUGAUUUCUGAGCUACCAAUCCAGCAAUGUAUGUACUUUUAAAAACACAGCUAUCCAGAAGAACAGAGAGAGAGAGUGAACCCCAGGUCCACCUCCAUUUCAAAAUCUAAUGUCAUCAGGAUUGGGCAAUGGGUGUCCACCCUUGGUGACAUGAAUCAUACAGUGUCUUACAAGCCAGAAAGAAACUGCUUGAGACAGGUCUUGUGAAUAGCCAAUCAGGGAACCUUUCUGCUAAUAUGAAGUUUCCAUUAUCCACAUUAAUGAAUGUUGUUUUGAAAGUCUAUGUAUAAUAAUUAGCCAGAUAUUCGCAUGUGUAAUAAUUAGCCAGACCAUGAAGGAAAUAAAUGCUGUUUGAUGCCUCCCCA